GGAAACCCCUCUCUCUCUCUCUAAAAUCCAGGAAUCUCUGUCUCUCCUGAAUGUUAAUCUCCUCUCUCUUUCUCUCUCUAAAUUCCAGGAAUCCCUGUCUCUCCUGAAUGUUAAUCUCUCUCUCUCUCUAAAGUCCAGGAAGCUCCCAAAACUUUAUUCAAAAGCUCUAUCUAAAUCUCUGUAAACCCCCGAAACUUUCAUCUCUCAACCUCUCUAGCCCCAAUUUUUUGAAAAUCCUAUUCAUUACUUCUGAAUUCCCUCUGCGUCUCGCAAGAGAAACCCUAGUUUCCGUCAAAAGGCCAAUCUCUGAAACUUCUUACCUUUCAAACCCCAAUUCCCUCCAAGUUUCUCCAUUGCAACUCAUCAAAUAAAACCCCGAUUCCCAAACGAGAAGAGAAUCCCAAUACACCAGCCAGAAGAAGAAGACAGAAUCCGUCGAAACUUCAUAAUCACUCGGUGAAUUAGAGGGGGCGUUAUUUUACGGGGCACUAAAUUUCCAGGUUCUUUCCAUCUUCAUCUGAGGAACGAAAAAUCCUAAUUCUCAAACAAUCGGCGCGACGAAACCCCAACAUUUGCAAGGCACAACCAUUUCUAGGUCAGGAAAAUGCAAAUAAACCAGAGAUGAAGAGGCGGCUCUCUCCAAUGCAUAGUCAACAACUACCAGCGGCCCAGAUCGCCUAUUCGAGCCCAAUCAAUGGCUCUCCAUCAAGCUCCCUAUCAAUCACACAGACCAUCAAUGGCUCCCAUAGCUUCAUCAUCAAGGGCUACUCUCUCGCUAAAGGAAUGGGGAUUGGUAAAUACAUAGCGAGCGAGUGUUUUACUGUAGGCGGGUUCCGGUGGGCCGUGUAUUUUUACCCUGAUGGUAAGAACCCAGAGGAUAAUUCACUGUAUGUGUCGGUUUUUGUGGCUUUGGCGAGUGAGGGGACUGAUGUGAGGGCUCUUUUUGAGCUGAAGCUCGUUGAUCAGAGUGGGAAAGGGAAGGAUAAGGUGCACAGUCACUUUGAUAGGGCGCUUGAGAGUGGUCCGUACACGCUCAAGUAUCGGGGGAGCAUGUGGGGUUAUAAGCGUUUUUUCAGGCGCAGUUUGCUUGAAACGUCGGAUUACCUAAAAGAUGAUUGCUUGAAAAUAAAAUGUACAGUUGGAGUUGUGGUUUCGGCUACAGAUUCUUUCCAAUUAUAUUCCAUCCAGGUCCCUGAGUCAGAUUUGGGAGCAUACUUCGGUGCACUUUUAGAGACUUUGGAGGACUCAGAUGCUGUUUUUGAUGUGUCUGGGGAGAAAGUUCUUGCACACAAGAUUGUGUUGGCUGCUCGAUCCCCUGUUUUCCAAGCUCAAUUCUUCGAUGUGUCUGAAGAAACGAAUGGUGAAAUUGUUGUGACGGAUUUGGAACCGAAAGUCUUCAAGGCCAUGAUACAUUUCAUAUACAAAGAUACUCUUGUAGAUGAGGAGGAGGAGGAGUUCACAUCCUCUUUUGGGUCGUCUUCAUCAGUAGCUGAGAGGUUACCUGCAAAGUUAUUAGCGGCAGCUGACAAGUAUGAAUUGGAAAGACUAAGGCGGUUAUGUGAGUCCAAAUUGUGCAAGGACAUAUCAGUUUCCACAGUUGCUAGCACUCUUGCCUUGGCUGAACGUCACCAUGCCACUGAAUUGAAAGCUAUGUGCCUGAAGUAUGCAGCUGAGAAUUUGGCUGACGUGAUGUGCUCUGAUGCUUUCGAGCAAAUGAAAGAUGAGUUCCCAUUUCUUCAGUCUGAAAUUCUCAAGACUGUGGCUGAGCUCGAGCAAGAGAAUGGGAGCACAGCCAAGGGCACGAGCGUUUGGGCUCAGCUCUCUGGGGAAAAGGCCGAUUUCAGAGUUGGAGAAGGGCUCGAGCGAACUCCGAGCCUGACACCCUAAGGGGGUAGAGAGAGAGAGAGAGAUCCUUGCUGAGAGUUGUGCAAGAAAAAUUGGAUUGUGCAAGAAAAUUUUUAUUGUGAACUUACUUUCUUCA